AUGGCUGAUAUAUCCACCACACUGCCUCUAUCGCGUUCGUCCGUCCUGUCUGCCCACGAGCUUAUAAAAGCACACAUUUACCGCACCCCCGUGCUCACGAACACGACCCUCUCUACCCUUGCGUCCACGCCGCAGUCUCCCGAUGAUCUCCAGGGCACCCGUUUUGAGGGCAGGACGCCGGCAAGGCCCAAGAUGAGGCUGUGGUUCAAAUGCGAGAAUUUGCAGAGAGUAGGCGCAUUCAAGGUCCGAGGGGCGUUCCACGCGCUGGGCAGGCUGACGAUGGAGGAAGGGUGGGCCGAGGGCGGCGGAAAGGAGAGGGGUGUCGUGACGCACAGUUCCGGCAACCACGCGCAGGCGCUCGCCCUGGCAGCGCGCGAGUCGUGCGUCCGGGCGCACAUCGUCAUGCCCACCGUGUCGGUGCCGCAGAAGGUCGCGGCCACGAGGGGCUACGGCGCGGCCGUCUACUUCAGCGGCAGCACGUCGGUCGAGCGCGAGGCCGUGGCCGACAGGGUGAUUUCCGAGACGGGCGCGCGGCUCGUCCCGCCGUACGACCACCCGGACAUCAUGCUCGGGCAGGGGACCAUGGGGAUCGAGCUCCAGGAGCAGGUGGCCGAGCUGAAGGCCCGGACGGACCCGUACGCGUCCGCCGGGACCGCGGGCCUGGACGCAAUCGUGGCCCCUUGCGGCGGCGGCGGCAUGCUCUCGGGCGUGGCGCUCUCCGCGGAGGGAACUGGCGUCCGGGUCUUCGGGGCGGAGCCUAGCUUCCAGGGGGCCGACGACGGCAAGCGCGGCUUCGAGUCGGGCCGGAGGGUGGAGGCUGUGAGCUCGCUCACCCUGGCGGAUGGGUUGAGGACGCCCGUGGGCGAGUGGCCGUGGAAAGUGAUUUACGAGAGGAGGCUGGUGAGCGGCAUGUAUAGCGUUACGGAGGAGGAGAUCAAGAAGGCCAUGAGGCUGGUACUGGAGAGGAUGAAGGUGGUGGUGAAGCCGAGCGCCUGCGUCGGCCUGGCGGUUGCCCUGUUUGACGAGGAUUUCAGAGCCAUGGUGGAGAGGGAGGGAGGCGACACGGGCUGGGACCUGGGUGUGGUUUUUAGUGGUGGGAAUGUCGGCGUCGAUGCCAUUGGGAGCUUGUUUGCUGAGUAG